CGGCUAUUAAAGAGCAGCAUUAAUCGAGAUGAUUUCAGGUGUCAUCUCAUUCUCACCUCACUCCAUUUGCUGACCACAACGUGUCUAUAUAUCAUUGCUUGAAAUCACCACAAACGCUUCAACACCCUUACAGAAUUUUCCUUUAGCUUGCUAUCUCGAUACCGCUAUCGUUCCCAAUUUGAAAAAAUGAAUUGCAUACUUAGAUUGUUUGUAGCUUUAACGAUGGUCAUCGCAGUCCAGAGCGCUACCGGUGGCUCUGACCAAGGGUUUACCUGCAAGAAAAACCAGCGCCAACCAGAGGCCAUUUGCUUUGUUCAAAAAGAUGACGCAGGCACUUCCAAAUACUAUGUUGCACGGGCCCCUUACAAUAGUGCCUAUGACAGGUAUUCCUGUGACGGUGCGAAGAUCAAAGGAACAACUGUGCAAGGUAACGGCUGUUGCAAUCCCGGCACUUUGCCCAAGGUUGACCGAAUGGCAUUAGAUCCAAGCAUUUCACCUCCGCUUCCUGGAAUGACCAAAGAGAAAUACAAGAGUGUCUGUGGAAAGGCAGAUGAUCCUGCUCCAAGUUCCACAACCAAAGCAAACCCUUGAUGUCAUCCUGAAAGCUGUCCCACUCUUGAGGCUUCCAUCUACUGAAAAAAACUGCAAGUGGGAAGCUAGGUUUUUUUUUUCACUUCAUCAGUUCCACAUCUUUUUGAAUGAGGGCUGAUGUCUUUUGAUGGAAGAACAAUUUUUUUUUCUUGCUUUUUUCUGCACUGUGUAAAGACAUUUGUACUUAAUUGGAAUUAUAAGUUUGGCGGACUAUUAACAAGUUAAACCUUUAAACAACA